GAUCAGAAACGAGAGAGAGAGAGAGAGAGAGAGAGAGAGAGAGAGAGAGAGUAGCAGUAGAUCUCUAGUCUUUUAUAGUGCAGAGAUUUUUUGUUCUUUUUAAUACAAAAGAGAGAAGCAAAAUCCAGAGAGUAAAACAGAGAGCAGAAGAAGAAGAGAAACUGAGAAAGAGAUAGAGAGGUCCAUCUCUCUCUCUGUGUCUCUCUGCUUAUCUUAUUCAUCUCUCAAUAUACUUUGUCUUCCAUGCUUUCCUCAGAAGAUUCAAUCCUACCCUUUUGUCCUCAGAUCGACCAAAACAAACCCGCUCUUUGUUUAUCUUCUUCUUCUUCCUCAGACUAGCUUCUUUUUUGCCUAUUGAUCUUUUUAGGUGUUGUUUUUAUAAUCGGGAGAAAUGGGCACUGGUUGGAGACGAGCCUUUUGCACCACGAUUCCUCGAGAUCCAUCAGAACCGAGAGCUUCAGAUCAAAAGCAGAGGAGUCCAAGUCCGAGCCCGAGCCCAAGAACCCGACUGAGCUUCUUCUCCUCCGGCGGUAGCAACCCGUCAACUCCGAGAUUACGUUGUAAAACAGGGUCGGAGGCUCUGCUUCAGAAAUCGAACAGCAUGCCUACCAAUGAUAAUGUCGCCGAGAGCCCGAGAGUACUUGAAAUCAAAACCAGCAGUACUCCCAAAUCGUCUAAUCCGACUUCUCCUCGAUCCCCUCUCAAGCUCUCCCUCUUCAAGAACAGCUUUAAAUUUCGAAGUAGCUGUGGAAUUUGCUUGAAUAGUGUGAAGACUGGGCAAGGCACAGCGAUUUACACAGCAGAGUGUAGCCAUGCCUUUCAUUUCCCCUGCAUAGCUUCUUAUGUACGGAAGCAUGGAAGCCUCGUCUGCCCUGUUUGCAAUUCCUCAUGGAAAGACGUUCCUCUAUUGGCUAUGCAUAAAACCACAUGCUCUGAAUCUCAUCCGCCACCCAACGACGCCGUUUCGGCACCGGUCACCCCGAAGGCCAAAGUCGAAGAGAAGAAGGUGAUAGCUGAGUCCCCUUCUCCCAGAUACACAUUGAAACCCUACGACGAUGACGAACCUCUUCUGUCUCCGACCGUCGGCGGCCGGAUCAUCCCCAUUCCCGAAGCUGAGGAGGAGGACGAAGACGUUGAAGAGUUCCAGGGCUUUUUCGUCAAUCCCAACGCUUCCGGUUCGGCCAAGUAUUCCGAUGAUCCGGAGAUGAGUAAUGGCAGAGAUUUCAGGAACAAUGUGCAGGUCAGGCUCUUACCGGAGGCUGCUCUGCUUUCUUCUGGCCGGGGUUUCGAGACCUACGCAGUGGCUUUGAGAGUCGAGGCUCCUCCGGCGCCGGCGCGUCAGGCUACCAGCACGUCGAUUCUGGACCCUUUGCACCGCGCUCCGAUCGAUUUGGUGACGGUGCUCGACGUCAGCGGCAGCAUGACCGGCGGGAAGCUUCAGAUGCUGAAGCGCGCCAUGCGCUUGGUUAUCUCCUCUCUCGGCUCGGCUGAUCGGCUCUCCAUCGUGGCCUUCUCGGCUUCGCCGAAGAGACUGAUGCCCCUGAAGAGAAUGACGGCAAAUGGUCAACGCGCGGCUCGCCGCAUCGUUGACCGGCUGGUCUGCGGUCAAGGGAGUAGCGUUGGCGAGGCCUUGAGGAAGGCCACGAAGAUUCUGGAAGACCGGAGGGAGAGGAACCCGGUGGCGAGUAUCAUGCUCUUAUCGGACGGUCAGGACGAGAGGGUGAACAACAACAACAACAACAACUCUGGCUCAAACAUUCAGCGUCAUGGCUCAAACGACGUGUCGUCUACCCGGUUCGCCCACAUUGAGAUUCCGGUUCAUGCAUUCGGGUUCGGGCAGAACGCCGGGUACUGCCAGGAACCGGCGGAGGACGCCUUUGCAAAAUGCGUCGGGGGUUUAUUAAGCGUUGUGGUUCAGGACUUGAGAGUCCAGCUCGGAUUCUCGUCCGGCUCUGCUCCGGCCGAGAUAACGGCCAUCUAUUCCUGCAACGGGCGGCCCACCGUGCACGGCUCGGGUUCGAUUCGGCUCGGAGAUUUGUACGCCGAGGAAGAGAGGGAGUUGCUGGUUGAGCUACGCAUCCCUAUCUCGGCAGCUGGGACCCACCACGUGAUGUCAGUGCGGUGCUUGUACAAAGACCCGGCUACUCAAGAGGUCGUCUACGGCAAGGAGCAGGGGCUAGUGGUGCCCCUUACGCCGACAGCCGUCCGAUCGGUUGCCGCAAGUCCAAAGAUCCAACGGCUGAGAAGCCUUUUCAUUACCACACGUGCCGUGGCUGAGUCACGGAGGCUGGUCGAGCACAAUGACUUCCAAAGUGCACAUCACUUGCUAGCAUCGACUCGAGCUUUGCUCAUGCAAUCCGGGUCGGCUUCGGCGGACGAGUACAUUCGAGCAUUGGAGGCUCAGCUGGCGGAGCUGCAUUGGAAGAGGCAGAAUCAGCUGGAGGUGCAGCACCAACAGCAAAUGAUAAUGCAGCGGCGGAGAAUGAGCGAGAGGGAGAUGGUUAUGGACGAGAAUGGCGAUCCGCUGACGCCGACUUCGGCGUGGAGGGCGGCCGAGCAGCUAGCUAAGGUGGCCAUGAUGAAGAAGUCAUUGAACAGGGUCAGUGACUUGCACGGGUUUGAAAAUGCUAGGUUUUAAAUGUUGAAAUGGUAGAAUAAAAUUUGGUCUUUUUUUUCUUUUCUUUUCUUUUCUGAAAAUGGGGGGAUAUUAUUGUUGUGAUGAUUAUGUAAUAGGGACAAGCUGGUACUAGACGGCGCGACCCUUUUCCUGGUCUGAAGAGGAUUAAAAACAGUGUAGUUAGCAUACCCCACAGAGAACUCAAUUGUUUGAUUGGGUGGAGAAAUAUGAAUGCUUAAACUUAGCUUUGUUCU